GUGAUUAAAUUAGUAUUACCCAAAAGUGUCUUUAUCACAGCGAUAUCACAGAGCUAAAACACAGCCCAAGGAUGUGGAAUCGCGGCAGAGUUUUAAGCCUUAUGCGCACCGUAUCUGGCGGAAGCUGCAGCUGCCCGGCACACUCACGCACUGACUGCGGGAAACCUCAUCACAGCAGCUUAUCUCCCGGGAAUGAUUAUGCGUUUGAGAUGUCCUCAUCGACGAUUCGUUAUGGUCCCGGGGUGACCCGUGAGUUGGGACACGAUCUGGCGAACAUGAAUGCCAGGCACGUCUGCGUGGUCACUGAUCGCAAUGUAAUGGGUUUAGCCUCGGUAAAGUCCGGACUGGACGCUAUCACUCGAGCCGGAAUCAGCACCACACUGUACACCGACGUUCGUGUUGAGCCAACGAACGAAAGUCUUCAGCAAGCGAUCGAUUUUGCCCGCAAACAGCAUUUCGAUGCAUUUGUCGCUAUUGGCGGUGGUUCGGUGAUCGAUACGUGCAAGGCCGCCAACCUGUACAGUGCCGAUCGGACGGCCGAGUUCCUGGAUUACGUUAACGCACCGAUCGGCAGCGCAAAAGAGGUAACGGUACCGCUAAAACCACUGAUCGCCGUACCAACGACCGCUGGGACUGGCUCGGAGACAACGGGAGUUGUCAUUUUCGACCAUAAACCGCUGCACGCGAAAACGGGUAUAUCGAGCAAGGCGCUCCGGCCAACGCUGGGGCUAGUGGAUCCGUUGCAUACUCUCUCCCAGCCAGAGAAGGUGGCGGCGUACUGUGGAUUCGAUGUGUUCUGUCAUGCGCUAGAAAGUUUCACCGCCAUACCGUACACGGAGCGGGGUCCGGCACCAGUCAACCCCAAGCUUAGACCACCCUACCAAGGCAGUAAUCCCAUCUCGGACGUUUGGGCACGGUUUGCACUGCACACGAUCAGCAAGCACUUCAAACGAGCCGUCUUCCAUCCGGACGAUCUGGAGGCACGAUCGCAGAUGCAUCUAGCAUCGACGAUGGCCGGUGUUGGCUUUGGCAAUGCUGGUGUGCACCUAUGCCAUGGACUUUCCUAUCCGAUCGCGGGACUCGUAAAACAGUUCAUUCCCGAGGGUUACACAGGAAGUCAUCCGAUCAUUCCUCACGGUCUCUCGGUGGUGAUGACGGCACCGGCCGUGUUCCGCUUCACCGGUGCUAGCUGUCCAGAGCGUCACCUAGAGGCGGCCGAAAUUCUAGGAGCGGAUGUAUCGAAGAGUCAUCGCCAAGAUGCUGGAGCUAUACUGUCCGAUAUCGUACGCCAGUACAUGCACGAGAUGAAGAUCGAGAAUGGCCUAUCGGCACUCGGGUUCAACUAUUCCGACAUUCCCGCACUGGUCAAGGGUACUUUACCGCAGGAGCGCAUCACGAAGCUAGCACCACGUGCACAGUCGGAAGCGGAUCUGGCCCAUCUGUUCGAGGAAUCCCUCACCGUGUACUGACGAUUUAGCAUAAAUAUAAAAUGAA